AUGCCGAGCUUGGUCCUAACUCCUGACUGGUCCUCCAAGUUGAGGAGUUUCGACUAUGAACUGCUAGCUGCUGCUAGCAUCGGUCAGACUGAGGGGAUCUUUCGCAUUAAUCCGAAGAAUGACCAAGAGGAACACGCGAGGGACCAGCUGAACAAAGGAGUUGUACCUGAGGACAUUGGUGUUCACUGCUUGGCCAGCCUGAUUAAGGCAUGGUUCAGGGAACUUCCAGAAGGAGUCAUCAAUGGCCUCUCCCCUGAGCAAGUGCUUCAAUGCAAUUCUGAAGGGGAGUUCCUUGAGCUUGUGACGAUGGCCUCUCCACAUUCUGAAUUGUAA